CCCCGCCUCCCUUUAUUUUGCAAAGAUGGCUGCAAACAAGAAAGCAACUGGACAAUCUGAGCAGCUGUAUCUUGGCUUUGACUUCAGCACUCAGCAACUGAAGGUGGUGUGCUUGGACACAUCUCUGCAAAUUACUGCUGAGUUUAGUAUCAACUUUGAUGAAGAUCUACCUGAGUAUGGGACAGAUGGUGGAGUGAACAAGGAUGGACUCACGGUCACUGCACCCACUCUCAUGUGGAUUAAGGCUCUUGAUCUUCUCCUGGAGCGCAUGAAGGCAGAGAGUUUUCCAUUUGAGUGUGUAGUCUCGUUAUCUGGGUGUGGUCAACAGCACGGCAGCGUGUACUGGAGGAGGGGAAGUGAGGGGGCGUUGAGAGGACUGAGGAAAGAAGAGACACUCUGCACACAGUUGCAGGACUGCUUCUCUGUGAGUGAGUCUCCAGUGUGGAUGGACGACAGUACAAGAAGCCAGUGUCAACGACUUGAGCACGAGUGUGGGGGCGGGCAGAUACUGGCUGACAAAACUGGCUCAAGGGCAUACGAGAGAUUCACUGGUAAUCAGAUCGCUAAACUGUACGAGAAUCGUGAUACCAACGAUUUCAACUCGACUGAGAGGAUUAGCUUAGUUAGCAGUUUUGCAGCGUCUCUCUUCCGCGGUUGCUAUGCCAACAUUGACUUCAGCGAUGGUUCGGGAAUGAACCUUUUCGAUAUCAACACCAAAGACUGGUGGGACACAGCCUUGAAGAGCUGCGGUGACAAUCUUAGAGCUCUGCUAGGACCACCUGUUCCUUCCAACACAGUCCUGGGCAACAUUUCCGGCUACUUCGUUGACAAGUACGGGUUCUCUCCCGACUGUAAAGUAGUUGCCUUUACUGGAGACAAUCCGUCCUCUCUGGCUGGGAUGAGACUGGAGCAGGGAGAUGUGGUGGUGAGCCUGGGUACGAGUGACACACUGUUCAUGUGGAUUGAGCAGCCCAGGCCUCAGCUCAUGGGGCAUGUGUUUGUGAACCCUGUGGACAAAGACGCAUACAUGGCCAUGUUAUGCUACAAGAAUGGUUCUCGAACGAGAGAAAAGAUCCGAGAUGAUUGUGGAGUGACGUCAUGGGAAGAGUUUAACCAGAUGCUAGACAAGACACCACCUGGCAACAAUGGGAACAUUGGUAUCUACUUUAGUGAGCCUGAGAUCACACCGUACGGUCAGGGCACUAUCAGAAUGAGCGGAGGAGACGGGACACUGUGCACUGAGUUUCCCCCGGAGAUAGAAGUCCGUGCUCUAGUGGAGGGGCAGUUCCUUGCCAAGUUGAAUCAUGCCACCAAACUGGGAUAUCACAUGACCAGAGCUACUCGAGUGCUGGCUACUGGGGGAGCAUCAGCUAACACAAAUAUACUACAGAUUAUUGCAGAUGUGUUCAACAGUGAUGUGUAUGUUAUUGGUGGUACGGCCAACUCUGCCUGUGUGGGCGGGGCCUAUCGAGCUAAGCACAGCCUCAUGAGUGGAGGUAGUGCCUUUAGGGACGCUGUACAAGAGUCACCAGCAUAUGAGCUGGUAGCAAAACCUCGGGAGGAGGCUCAUAAGGUGUACAUGAAUCUUCUGGAGAAGUAUGCAAAGCUUGAAGAAUCAUUCUCAGCAAAACAUUGAGAGACAGAUUUGACUUUUCUUAUAUUUUCGUGUGUGACAACAUUGUAAAUGUAUACAUUUGUACGUACAUGUAUAA